CCUCGGCCCCCCCCCCCGAGCCCCCCGUCAUGGCCGACCCCGUCCCGGCCUACUCGCCCAGCUUCAAGAAGCCCGCCGACACGCUGCGGCUCCGCCGCAAGCGGCCCCGGCCGCUCGGCCGCCCCGGCCCGGCCCCCGCCGCCGCCCCCUCGUCGUCGUCGUCGUCCUCGUCUUCGUCGUCGUCGUCGUCGUCGUGGUGGUGCCCGACGCCCUGGCCGGGCCGGGAUCCCGGGGGCCGUCAUGGCGCCAGGCCCGCCGGAGGGCCCCGACCCGCCAGGAGAAACCCCUUCGCCCGGCUGGACAACGGCCCCCGCGCCCCCGCCGCCGCGCACCACCCGCCGGGCCCGAAUUCAGAUUCUAAUCAAGAAAAUGAUUUUGCCUGGGAAGAAGAGCUUUCAGAAAGAAUACCUGCUAUAAAGCAAUUCAAGCAUCCUGACUCACCCCUCUCCAAAUCCGAUGAUACUUUAUCCUCAAGAAGUGCAGAGCUUCCGGUAGACUGGAGUAUUAAAACUCGCCUCCUUUUCACCUCUUCCCAACCUUUCACCUGGGCAGAUCAUUUGAAAGCACAAGAAGAAGCUAGAGGAUUUAUCCAGCACUGUAGAGCAACAGCAAUUAGUUUGCCUCAUAGCAUACAGGACCCCAAACUCUCCACCGAGCUUCGCUGUGCCUUCCAGCAGAGCCUCGUGUAUUGGAUCCACCCGUCACUGCCCUGGAUGCAUUUGUUUCCACGGAUUGGGGCCGAUAGGAAAAUGGUCGGGAAGAACAGUCCUUGGUCCCAGGAUGAGACGCUGCAGCAAGUGCUGAUGAGCGAAUGGUCCAUCAGUUUCACUUCUCUCUAUAACCUGCUGAAGACAAAGCUUUGCCCCUAUUUUUAUGUGUGCACCUAUCAAUUUACCGUGCUGUUCCGUGCUGCUGGAUUAGGAGGAUGUGAUGUAAUCACAGCUGUCAUGUCCCCCACUACCAGAGGUUUAAGAGAAGCUAUGAAGAACGAAGGUAUUGAAUUUUCCUUGCCUUUAAUAAAAGAACAUGGGUCUAGGAAGCAGAAGGCACCCGAGACAAGCUUACAGACUACAGAUCGUAAAGCAGAGCCAGAAGAGGAACAAGCAAUAAGUGAUGAAGAUGAAGAGGAAAGUUAUUCUUGGCUCGAAGAGAUCGGAGUAAAAGAUAAAAUUAAGAAACCGGACCUGGUCUCUGUUAAGCUCCACAGAGAGAAACACGAGGUGCAGAUGGAUCACAAACCCGAGUCUGUCGUCCUGGUGAAAGGAAUGAACACUUUCCGGUUGUUGAACUUCUUAAUAAACUGUAAGAGCCUAGUAGCCUCUGCGGGUCCUCAGGCAGGACUCCCACCAACCCUGCUGUCCCCUACUGCUUUCCGAGGAGCCACGAUGCAGAUGCUCAAGGCUCGAACUAUAAAUGUGAAAAGACAAGUAGAUGCUGGUUUUAAAGAUCAAUUUAGUUUGGAGAUUACAGGCCCCAUCAUGCCUCACUCUCUGCAUUCACUGACUAUGCUACUCAAGUCUGCACAGAAGGGCUCUUUCUCUGCCGGACUGUAUUCUCAUGAACCGACCAACGUAUUUAACGUCCGUACGCAGGAGGAGGAGAGCGUCUUAAAUAAGGAGACGCUUCACCUAGACCUCGCUGACUGCGGGCUACAUCUCAAAACCCUGGAUCAGUUGAUCCGGUCACCAGAGCUAGGAAAAUCUUCUAUCCGGCUCCUCCAAGUGGACAAUUACAACUACAGCUGGAGAGCCUGAGAGCCGACCCCGACGGGGACGGCGGGACACUGUAGAACAUUUUAGCCUUCAGAGAAAUAAACAUGCUGAAACCUCA